AUUUUCAGCGAUUAUCUGUUCAAACUCCUCUUGAUCGGGGACUCUGGUGUGGGUAAAUCCUGUUUACUCCUGCGUUUUGCCGAUGACACGUACACGGAGAGCUACAUAUCUACAAUCGGUGUGGAUUUUAAAAUAAGGACCAUCGAUCUAGACGGAAAAACGAUAAAACUACAGAUCUGGGAUACAGCUGGACAGGAGAGAUUCAGAACAAUAACGAGUUCUUACUACAGAGGUGCACACGGUAUAAUUGUUGUGUACGAUUGUACGGAUCAGGACUCUUUCAACAACGUCAAGCAGUGGCUAGAGGAAAUUGAUCGUUACGCAUGUGACAACGUCAACAAGCUGCUGGUCGGCAACAAAUGCGAUCUUACUGCUAAAAAAGUUGUUGAUUAUGAAGCUGCGAAGGAAUAUGCUAAUCAGUUGGAAAUUCCAUUUCUGGAGACUUCGGCUAAGAAUGCCAUGAAUGUGGAGCAGGCGUUCAUGACAAUGGCAGCUGAGAUAAAGGGAAGGGUUGGAUCAUCCUCUGAUACUGCUGUCGAUCCUGCUAAUAAAGUGAAGAUUAAUCAAGGUCGUGAUGUUGAUGCACCUAAAUCUGGAUGCUGCUGAAACUUCCAACUCUUUUACUCCCAAUUCAAUAACCAAAAUACCAUCACAAUACGUCAUUACCCUGUGCACGGUUGAGCGGAUCGACCAUUGGAGCCACCACGACGUUAAUCGAUGUAUUUGGUUGACAACUACGAAGAAACAUAAAUCGAAAAUGGCAAAAGAAAGAAAAAAUGAUGAAAAUUUUUGUUUUUCCCUCCACAGGGGGAGUAAUUCAUUUUUACAAACAUCCUCCCUCCCCCCAAGGACCAUCAAUCACCCGGGUUGUACAAAAUGCCGAAAAAAAAUCGUGAGAGAAUCACUGAAAAAUUGAAGAGUACCAUUGAGAAUAAUUGAGAUAAAAUAAAAUCAAUCGAUAAUUAAUUAAAUUAUUAGUCAUGAAAAUGCGGAUGAACUAUGAUCUUCGUUUAGCUACCCUUACCUUAAUAGCCCUUCUGAGUAAUCGUGUUGGUAAUGAUAAAGUUAAAAGGGCGCGAGUGAUUCGAAUUUUCGUAAGAUAAGAUAACAGUCUGUAAUUGAAUGAAGAUGAAACGAAGUAAAACUGACAAAAGGUACAUUUUAUCCGGCGAAGAUUGAUAAAUUUAAUAAAUUCUCAAGAUUCCUUCAUUCCGGCUGUAAUUAAAUGUUGAAACAACAUAAUUAUAGCAAUUAAUUGUUCCUGAAUUUAAAAAAAUCAUCAUUCAAUUACAGAAAUCAUCCCGAAUGAACUAAAUAAUUGAUAAUUAAUUGAAAUCGUGUAUGAUUGUGAUGGGAGAUGAGGAAAAAUUAACUAUCGAAGUGAAAUAACUGCAAGCACCAUUAUUUUUAGCCUAAUUGUAAUUGUAU